CCACAUCAGCGCUCAGACACGCUCUCAUCCCCACAGCCGCGAGCUCCAUGAUGGCUGCGGCACCUGCGCUCUGCCUCUUCAUCCUCGCCUGCGUCCUGACCACCGGACAUGCAAGCGUCAUCGGGCCUUACUCUCCACCCCUGAACACCUCCAACCUUUCAAUGACCAAAAACAUGUGCUCUGACUGUACCAGGAUCAUAGAGCUUUUUUCAGAUAUGAUCUCUCAUCCAGAUACACAGACCCUGAUCGAAGAGUCUCUCAAUGAUAUCUGCCGUCAUUUCCAAGGUGCUCAGUUUACUCAUAGCUGCUUGGAUUUCGUGGAAAAGUAUCUGCCAAUCGUCAUACAGCAAUUCAUCGCAUAUACUGCACAUAAGGAGGGAGAGAUAUGCAUGGUGCUCGGACUGUGUGCUGUUCGGCCAGUUCAACACAAAGCUCCAGAGUUGCUCAACGCUGCUUUGCAGGAAGCUGGAAUCAUCCAAGCACAGCCUUCGACAGGAACCAGUCACGAGUUACAAGUCAGCCCGCAGUGCACCUUCUGCCUCUUCCUCAUCAAAAAACUGGAAGACAUGCUGCCAAAAGAGAGAACCGAAGAGAGUGUGGUGAAGCUUCUGGAGAAAAUCUGCGACCACUUACCUGCUCACUACAAAGAGGAGUGCAACAAUUUCCUGGACAACUACGGCAAGCAGCUCAUCGACUUCCUGCUCACGUCUGCCACGCCGCACACGAUAUGCAUGCUGCUGCACUUGUGUCUCGUCCAGGACGCACCUGCUCUGGUGCCGUCUCUGCCAUCAGACUGUAAAACCUGUAAAAUCCUGAUGAUCCUGACUCAGAUUCACCUGGGCCAGAAUACUAGCGAGACUCAGAUGACCUCUUCGCUCUGGAAGACAUGCCACCUUCACCCCAAUGCUCUUCCAGGGUGCGAUGUGUUCAUCCAGAGUCAUGUCACGGCACUAGUGAACAUCCUGAGCAAACAAGAAGAAGCUGUAAACGCAUGCCAGACGUUCUUCUGUGUGGGACAAGAAUAACAUGAUGGACCGUCAAGCAAGGAAGCAGUGAAUUUUUAUUUGCUCCUCAAUUUGCUCUCGUGUUUUACAAUAUUAAUCUUGAUUAGGCUUAAGUCAAUCGAGAAGACUUCCUUUUCUUAUACAAUAAUGAGAACAAUCAUGUAACAAAACAUCCGAUUGUAAAAAAUGAUCUUUUUCUGUCAUGGUAAUGUAUACAGAAGACCAUACUUUUUUUUUUUUUUUUUUUAAAUAAAAUCUUGAUUUUACAAUCACCAUGGCGAUAUUUUGCUCUAU